AUGAAUGAUAGGAUUGUUAGAAUGACUGCUUCUGUAUUUCUCUGGUGUCUUUUUUGCCUGGGAUCAGCAGAGGCUGGGAAGUUAUUAGUAAUUCCUUCAGAUGGCAGCCACUGGACAGGCAUGAGGUCUUCUAGUGGAGGAGUUGGCCAUAGAGGAAACCAGGUGGUGGUCGCCAUCCCAGAAGCAAAUUUGAGCAUGGGUCCAGCACAGCACACCACCACCCUGACAUAUCCAGUACCCUACACCAAUGCCCAGCUUCUAGAGCAAGUGAAUGCAGGUGAUACUACUCUGAUGGGUGCAGAUGUAUCUUCAGAUCUAGCCAGGCUUCAGAAUAUCAUCAAAACUAUGGAUAUGCUUAAUGCUCUUAUAACCCAUAACACUGAGGGUUUGCUCUCCAACAAGGACUUGAUGAAGAAGCUGCAAGACUACAACUUUGAUGCGAUUCUCACAAAUCCAUUUGAGCCUACUGGAACUAUUGUUGGUGAAUAUCUCUCAGUUCCAGCCAUUUAUAUACAAACAAGCAAUCCUUGUGGGGCCUAUGCUCUUGCCAGUCAAUGUCCAGCUCCAGCUCCAAUUUGUCACAGCUGA